CACCACGCCGCUUUUCGGAAAUACCAAAGCUUGGAAAAUGGCGGCGUUGGUGAUGAAGAUUUAGUUUUGAUUCGCGAGGACUAUUUAACAGAAAGAAUACCGAAAAGAACAAUGCCGUCACAGAAAGGCCGGUCAAAAGAGGACACUUGGAGUACUGAUGAAUUAAAUAGAGCUUUAAAUAAGACAGGGGAGCGACAUCACACCAGAGAUCGUGUUAAAGGUGAGGACAAACAGAGGCGACAUCGUGAAGAGGAUGCAGAUAAGCAACAUAGAAGAAAAAAGGAGGAGGAUGGAGAAGUGGCUCUUACAGAGGAGGAGAGAGAGAGACAGAGGGAGGAGCGGCGGCUGAGACGGGAGGGCAAGGACACCGCCACCACCUCCAAUACCAGUCGGGACAGGAAGCAGGGAAAGGAGAUCAAGUUUACGAGUCGCUCUGAAAGCAAGCCUGUAGACAUUGAAGAAGAGGAAGAGGUUGAUACUGACAAACAUCGAAACGGUGAUCGUGACAAACGAUACAAAGAUGGAGAGCGCAGACAUAGAGACAGCAACUAUGAUGAAGACUCUAGCCGUCGGCAUAAAGACAAUAAGGAUGAUCGACGGCAGAAAGACGACAAAGAUGAUCGUCGGCAUAAAGACGUUAGGGAUGAUCGUCGUCGUCGGAAUAAAGAUGAGGAGGCAGAUGAGAGGCAGAGUAAAAGCAAGCAGCGAGAUGAAGAGGAGACUGAAAGGCGCAGGGAGGAGCGGCGCAGGGAACGAGAGGCACAGGAGAGAGAAGAAAGGAGGAAAAAGCCUGAAGAUAAAGGAAAGAGUGGGAGUAAGGACCACAUUGAGGAUAGAGACCGCCGCAAAGAUCGGGAUGGUAAAACUGAGGAUAGAGACCGCCACAAAGACCGGGAUGGUAAAACUGAUGAUAGAGACCGCCGCAAAGACCGGGAUAGUAAAACUGAGGAUAGAGACCGCCACAAAGAUCGUGAUGGUAAAACUGAGGAUAGAGACCGCCACAAAAACCGGGAUGGUAAAACCGAGGAAAGAGACCGCCACAAAGACAGGCGUGACAAGGAUGGUCGUCGUGGAGAGACCGAAGAGGAGAAGGAAGAACGUCGGCAGCGGGAGCGAGAGGAACGUAGGCGGGAGAAGGAGCGGGAGAGAGGCGAGAAACACCGGGGGCAGCCAGAGCAGACACAGAGGGGGCAGCAAUCCAAAACCAGAUCUUCAAAGUCUAAUGGGACCAAACGAGGCCAGUCAUUGAAAUCCUCGCUUUCCAAGUCGAAAAAAACAGCAAAUGGGCAGGAAAAACCAGAAGAGGAGGAUGACUAUAACUAUGAGGAAGAUUUUGAAGAUUACGAGGAAGACUUUGAAGAAGAAGAUGAUGACAAUGAUAAUGAUAAGCCAUCUGGCAGCACAGGGAAGGCAGGCAGGAAUAUACAGCUGGCAAAACCUAGGGUUAUAAACACAGAGAUUGCACAUGAUGGGAAGGGCACCCUACACAAGCACUCUCGAGAUGGCACCAGGCUAGAUUACUCUGACUCGGAGGUGAAUGAUGUGCUACGGGCCCUGGAUGCUGAGAACGAGCGACUUCUCAACUCGUCCUCACGCAGCCCACAGGUCUCAGCAAAUUAUGGCAGAGGGGUGGCUCGUGAGUCCACCAAUGACAGCGAUGAGGGGGGCUAUGAGCCAGCCUACCAGGCACGCAGUGAUCGACCUCGCACCGCUAUCAACUUUGUCUCGGCCAAGCAGCGAGCCAUCAACCGUGGUACUGCGAGCAAGACGAUGCAGCGUAGUCAUGACCUCCUGAAGAUGAUUGAGCUGGACUACACAUACUGUGAGAUCCUUGACUUGCCACCAGUCAAUGAGUAUGACCUCUACAUUCGCUCCUUUGGCAGCACCAACACCAGACAGGCCUACAUUCAAACCAAUGAAGACGCUGUUGAGCGUGAUGUGCAGACAGAGGAGGUUGACAGCCGCAGCAAGUGGACCCAGCAACCUGCAGAGGACUUCAAUGGAUGUGGAAGAGGAGAUGGAGAGAAGGAUGUGGAGGAGGAGGAGGAGUCUCAGUACCGGCACAAGGACCAGGACCUGGGGAGACUUAACAAGUUCCUAGAGAGGGCAGGACAGGUGAUUGCAAUACUUCUGGAGGAGGAGAAAGACCAAGAGUCUGGCAGCUCGGCAGCAGGCCGGGGCAGGCAGACCCACAUCACCGUCAGUGAGGGUUACACCCAGAUAGACCUGCUUCCCAUACUGCAAGGUCGCUAUGUGGUUCAUUCCCAUUUCUCCCAUGUGCAGCCAAACCUGUUAGUCAUGGCUUAUAGUCAUGCUCAAGAGGUGGUCGUAGACAAUCCUGUGACCAGGCGAGGUGUACUGUGUGUCUGGAACACAAACGAGCCCACAUACCCACAGAAGAUCCUGGUGUGUAGCAGUGACCCCCGGUGCUGCUGUUUCAGCCCCAUCAAGCCCUUCCUGGUGUUCGCAGGUCUACACGACGGGUCGGUGGCCGUGUGGGACCUGAGAGAGCCCUCCUCCAUACACAGCUCCCUUGACAUCAACGGGGGGUCCUACUCACUAAGAUACCCCACCUAUGAUACAGCUCUGGUUCUGAGUGAAGAGAACCACCACAGCCCUGUGACCUGUAUACAGCCCAUCUACUCCUUCACUCGCAGUUCUCAAACGAGUGAUUCUCCAAACCAGACUCAAGCUUCAGAAGAGUCAUCUGCAGGCAUGUCCUUCCAGCUUGUGUCAACAGAGGAAAGUUCAGUGCUGCAUUUCUGGGUUGUUGCUGAGACUGGAGCAGGUGAGCUGUCCGGGGCCGAGAAUGACCUGGGGCUGCUGCCUGGGGCCAGCGUGAAACUAAUCAAGAGUUCCUCCAUCAACCUGCACAGCCCCUCCAGGGACGGGCGACCCCAGAUGUCCCUGCGCUCCCUGGACAUGCAGGUCAUGCCUUCAGAUCCAAACCACUUCUAUGUUUCCACAGACUCUGGGUUCGUGUUACAUGGUAUGCGCUUUGGCAAGCGAGUGUUCCCUCGCGCUCAUUCACCUGUGAUAGAAGCUGUUGUUGAUAUUGUCUCAAUCGAUUUCUCACCAUUUGGUCAGCCGUGUUUUCUCACGGGUUCCUCUGAUGGGACCUUUGCUAUGUACAGGACACAGUCAGCCACUCCAUUGAUAUCGUGGCCCAGUAUUACGAAGGGGCGAGCGGUGCAGUGUGUGCGCUGGUCCCGCAGUCGGCCGUGCGUGUUCUACGUGCUGGACGUGGCCUCCACACUCUAUGUGUUUGAUCUCCUGGAGGGGGAUAUUGCACCCAAACAUGUGGAGAGCCUCUCAACUGAAAGAGUGACCAGUUUUGAACUUACGACAGACCAAAGACCUGAGGGUUCCAGUAAAUACCCACAAAUACUGUUCAGCACUCUGGGAGGCAAGACGGAGCUGCACACGGUGACCAAGAGUCUGCGAGACCCAGAACAGCUUGAGACAGACUACCUGGCCAGCUACCUGGACCGCUUCUGAUAGCAGGGCCGUCCUCCACUGAACCAACCACCCCCUGACAGGAGUGAUCCACUGGUGUCCUAACAGCCCUCAUCUUGAAACCAGUGUCAGUGGAAAUCAUAAAACGAUCCUUGCUCUGGGAAAAUGGGGCUUAAGCCAUGUGCUAUAGUGUCAUCCCAGAUCAGCCUGUGCAGUCCGCACAGGCUUAUGAUUGACAACACUUUCACCUUUUAUGGAAUUUUUCGUUCAAAAGAAGUCUCUGAUAGACAAAAAUGAAGGCUUGGCAAAAAAGUGUCCUUGAUUAGAAAGUUCGAACUGCACAGGCUAAUCUAGGACAACACUUGCAUUAUGCCUCAUUGUCCCAGAGCACAGCUCAAACAGGCAGUGUGAAAGUGUCACAUCUGCAGGACAUUGUCUUGUGAGCGAACUGUUUCAAGUCAUAUUAUGAAUACUAGUAGAUGCAAUUAAAUUUUGAACAUCUAGUGUUAUUUGGACUGCUAAUGUGUUUGAUCAAUCCACUAUCAGAUCAUUUCAGUUUCACUCUAUAUUUUGAUAACUCAUUUAUGUGCAUGUUGAAAAUUAAGCAAGAUCAAUAACCUUGCUUUGGUAAUAAUGCUAUUUUGUUGCAUUUACUCAGACUGGCAUCAUUCUGUGUACAUGCUAUAGCAUAGUGAGCUAUAAAAUGGGUUUUAUUUUAAACAAAGACCAUUUGUAGUAUUCGAAGACCAUUUAUAGUAUUACAUGUAGAGCAAGGCUGAUCGUUAAACUUUUUUUUUUAUGAGCUAAGUUGAAAAUCAACCCAAGCUAGGAUAAUACCAGUUUCCUUUGUUACUGAUAGAAACUGACUGAAUGGUUUCAGCUCAGUUUAGCCACUUUUCAUACAGGAUUAACAAUUAUAUAAUUUACUCCACACUGUGAAGUAGUCAGUUCAACAAAAUGCAACUCAUUGUACUUGAUGUGUUCUCAUUUACAAAAGAUAAGUGUGUGUAUAAGAAAUGGAUACAAAGCCAAAUAAGGCUUGUAUUUCUAUCUAUCUAUCUAUCUAUACUGUCUAACUCCUCUUGCGGGUAUUAUUGACAAGUUUCAUUAAGUGUAUAAGCUGAUUACAUUCCAUUACCUUGAUAGGUCAGUUUAUCAAAAUGGAAAUUGAACUUUGUGUUUCUUGGCUUUGAACCAUAUACUUGAUUUGUUUAACAUUAAAGUGAUUUGUGAGGAAAAGCAGCUCAAUAUUAACCCAUUUAUGUCCUAGCGUCUAGAAAAAAAGCCUUGGUAAAUAGCGUAGACCCAGAUGAGACGCUGCAUGAUGCGGCGUCUCAUCACAGUGCUGUUUGCUUAAAGUAAUUCCUGUAAGUAAUACUCUAAAUAUAGAAAUAAAUAUACUAGACACCCCUAAUUUUGGAAAUACAUUUUUUUUGUAAAUUGAUCCAAUUUAGAAGGAUGGGAGAGUCCACUAGGCAUAAAUGGGUUAACCUUAUUUUAUGUUGAACAAACAUGGCAUCCAAAUUGAUGUUACCAACUAUCUCAAUCAACAUGUUACUAAGCUUUAUUAUAGGUUACUAAGUAAAUUCUAAUACAAAACUGUUCUUUGAUGUUUUUAAAAACUAUUUAUUAAUUGUUUUAAAGUCAAAUUAAGAGAGCACUUCAUGCUUAAGUCAGUGAGCUUGUGCUGUAGGUUUGUUGUUAAACAAGACUCCUCAACUAAUGCCAUUCAUUGUAUAAAUUGACAGCUCCAGCCUGAUCCUAUAUUUGCUGUAUAGUGUGUAUCUUCUUAUUGCAAGGGAAUCAUAGGCUUACAGAGGACUGCAAAGUCAUUUUUUUUUUAGAGAAACAACAAUUUGUUUAUAUAUUUUUCAUACUUAAUUUUCAUUCUAAAAACUGGAUGUUUCGCUCUGUUAUCUAACAAAACAUAUCAAACACUCCAGUCGGUAAUGGUUGUUUCAUUCAUUGUACAGCAUCUCUACAAGAAAUGAACUAACCGUUACACUUUCCUCUUUUUUCUCUGGCCUAUUUUACAUUCAAUCUGAACAUCUGUGAUAUGUACAUUAGCAUGUUGAAUGUUGUGCUUGUAUCAAAUUAAUUAUACAUUCUUCUUUUUUGUUCGUUUAUUUAAUGAAUGCUAUGCCUAUGAUAGUUUUGUUACUAGUAGCUGUCAAAUAGUGACAAAUUGUUGCAUUGGUAUAUUUUCAUACAAUCCAUCCUAAUACUGUAAUUUUAGAUUCGGACACGAGCAGUUUAUGCAACGUUGUCCUAAAGUGUGCGAGUUUAUUUACUUGUAAACAGGUUAAAUAGAUAAAAAUAUAUUUGAAGUUCAACAUAUCAAAUAAACUUGAUUACUUUAAAGAUUUUUUUUCUCCGUUAUUUAUAGAAUGGCUCAUUUUGUGAGCAAUUAUUUUGUGUGAUUAAAAAUUGUUUUGAUGUCUGUUAUUUAUUUCAUUUCUUAAUAAAACCACGAAUAUA